AUGCCAGACAACAUUCAGGAAAAGCUGGCCAAGUACCAUACUGCUGUCUUUGAUGCAAGGUUCCAUAAUACAAAUCAGAUCAAGCAUUGCUGGCAGAAUUACCUCAAUGACCAAAGAUGCUUAAAGGCGUUGACAGCCAAAGGAGAACAAGUCACAUCCUGUGAGUGGUACCACAAGAUGUAUAAGUCCAUGUGUCCCAUAUCCCAGGUUACAAAAUGGGAUGAACAUCAGGGGGCUAAAACUUUCCUUGGAAAACUAUGA